CUGAGUGCGACGUUUUUCAAUUUCACUGAGCGCACACUUGUGAGGUAUAGCGGCUUAUUGCUUGUGAAUCUGUAAGAGCAAAGAGAGGAAAAUAGAGGAAAGAAAGAAAGUCACCAUGGCUGUAUCCGCAACUCCGCCGAUGCUUUCCAGCACGUCUUCCCCUAGUUCUGGGGGUUUAUUUCGCUCCGAUCCGCUCUAUGCCAGUUCGAGCGAGUCCCCGAGGCUGCCCAGCGGGAUGAUAAACACUUUCAUCAACAGUGGAGGAGGAGGAGGAGGAGGUGGUGGUGGUGGUGGUGGUGGCGGCGGUGGGGUAAACGGCAACACCGUCAGUAACGAUUGUAAAAUGGUGGAAGUACAUGGGGUGAAGGUAGCCUCCUUUAACAUGGAUGGACAGGAGAUGAUCUGUCUGCCGCAAGUUUUCGAUCUCUUCCUGAAGCACCUUGUCGGGGGGUUGCACACCGUCUAUACAAAGUUGAAGCGCCUGGAUAUAUGUCCUGUGGUGUGCACCGUGGAACAGGUCCGGAUUUUGCGUGGCCUCGGUGCCAUACAACCAGGAGUCAACCGCUGUAAACUCAUCACCCGUAAAGACUUCGAGGCGCUUUACAGCGACUGCACAAACGCCAGCUCCCGGCCAGGCCGCCCCCCGAAACGCUCCUUGGGGGUUUCCAUGCAGGACACCCCUAGGCUUCUGCCCCACAGCAUGAACGGCUUGCUGCCCCCAGGCCUUCUUCCCCCCACAGGACUGACAGCUGCAGCAGUGGCAGAGGCCAUGAAACUUCAGAAGAUGAAACUGAUGGCGAUGAACAGCCUGCAUGGGGUGGGCAGCCAGAAUGGAACGGAGUCCGAGAACGAAGAGCUGAACUCCAGUGCAGGUGGGAGCGAGUCCUCUUGGGAGAAGGAGAAGCUCCAGUCUCCCCCCACCAGCAGCACCCAGCUUGGCCAGUCCUCUUCCCAGCUUGGCCCACUGCAGCAGAACCAUCUGCUUACUAAUCGGCUGGACCUGCCCUUCAUGCUGAUGCCCCACCCCCUACUUCCCGUCAGCCUGCCGCCGGCCUCCGUUGCCAUGGCAAUGAGCCAAAUGAACCACCUGAGCACGAUGGCAAACAUGGCCGCUGCCGCUCAGAUGCACAGCUCGCUGUCCAGGGCUGGCACCUCAGUCAUCAAGGAGCGUGUUCAGGACAGCCCCUCCCCGGCUCCUUCUGUGGAGGACCCCCCCCCACCAUCCUCACACCCGAGCAGCAGCGCCUCCAACUCGCCGUUGCCGAACCAGCAGGGCCCUGACCGCCUGUACCUCAGAGACACCAAUAGUGGGGUCAUACAAAACACAGUGCAGGAGAAAGUAGAGGAGUCUCAGUUGGCCCUGCCCAUGAUGAAGCCUGGGUUUGACAAACAGGCCUUGGCUCCAGGUUUCCCUGCCACUUUUCUAUUUGCCGAUGGCCUCUCAUCCAUGGAGACUCUACUUACCAACAUCCAGAGCCUGCUCAAGGUAGCAGUGGAAAAUGCACGAAUGCAGGAGAAGCAGAUCCAGCAGGAGAAGAAGGAACUGAAGAUGGAGCUUUUCAGAGAACGAGAGAUGAGGGAGAGCCUGGAAAGGCAGCUGACCUCAGAGCUUCAGAUUAGAGCAACCAUCCAGAAGCGGCUGAAGCGGGAGAAGAAGGCCAAGCGGAAACUGCAGGAGGCACUGGAGUUUGAGUCCAAGCGUCGGGAGCAGGUGGAGCAGGCACUGAAGAGGGCCACCUCACCCAGCAGCCUCUGCGAGAGUCUCAGUGAGCCAGUGCUACCAGAGGUAGAGCCAGAACAUAAUGAAAGCCAACAGGAGAACUCACCUGCACAAGAAAACAGAGUGUACAUGAAGACUUCUGUGCUGUACUGAUCCCAGCAGCUUCUGAAGCGCCUCUCCCAGGCUGAGUGCAAUAGUAGAAGGAUGGUCCAGCUCUGCUGUCACCCAGAUCUCCCCAGCAAUGCUACUUCCUCACACUGAAGAAAGACUGACCGGAAUAGUACCUUCUCUGAUACACCAGCUUGUUUCUAUAACAACGUGUUUUUAUAUCUAACUUCCCCACGAAGCACAGACAGUAGAGAGACCUGCUCUUCUCUUAAGUUGGGAGUAGUUCUCUGAUAUUCCAGUGUGGUUUCUUUCUCCUUUAUUGUUCAUACUGACUCCAAGAUGCCCUUUCCUGAACUAUUCCUGAAGCUCAGAGCAACAUCUUUGCAAGGCCUGGACCUGACAGGGAUUUUUUGUUAAGUCUCAGGACCUCCAAGUCAGGACAGGGGGUGGGUUGUGGGGAAUUAAAAAAAAAAUCAACAAAUGAAUCCAUGUGCAUUCUACUGAUUGUCCACACCAGCUGUUUUCCCCAUCAGUAAAUGGGCUGAAACAGAAGAGUGCGUGAGAACAUUUUUGUUUGUCUUGUUUUCUCAUUCUCCCCCUCUCUGUUUUGGAAAGUAGUGAUGAAGGCAGAAGAAACCCACUGUCCUGCUGUUAGCUGAUUGGCGUAAUAUUGGCUCUCCCUCCAUUUCAAAUGCUCCUGUUUACCUUCUGUGUGCAUUUUAAUCAAGAUUCUGUUUGAAGGAAGAUGUGUUGAAACCAUUCAAUAGAGCAGCCAGCAGUUUCCCUCUUUUAAUGUAUGGCAUAUGAUCUUUAUGCUGAAACAAAAAAAAAUACAGGUUUUUGUUUCACCUUUUGUUUUUGAUAAAUUCUUAUGAAAGUGCUACUGUGUAUGUUAUUGUGAUAUAGGGAGGAAACAUUUUAAGUCAGAAAAGAUAUCUUACACAUCUGAUUCAAGCAGAGACAAUAAGUAAGACACUGGAUAAAUGGAGAAUUGUGUGGUAAAAAGGGUUCCGUUCAGGUAUAAUGUAUAUUUUAUCAUUUGUCUAUAUUUCUUUGCAAUGACAGAGAGGUAGCUGUCAGCGAUGUUGGUCUGUAUUAGGUUGUAACAUUCCUGUACACAGGACCAACUUGUGAUGCUCAGAUCAAAUAACACACCCUCAGGAUAUUUAGCAGACUGUUUUUAGCAAUAAAAUGGUGAAGUGCA